GUGUUUUAUGUUGGUUUAAACCGGCGGGACUGAGCUGUGCGCGUCACUGCGGAUCAGAGACUGUGGCGGGUUAAAGGACGGUAAACCGGCUGGUGAAUAAACCAAACACGAAGCCGGUUUCAAAUGUUUGAAUCAGAGACGAGGAGCUGAUUCUCCUCUGAGCUCUGCAGCUGUUUUUAAUGUUAUAUCCUCCAUGUUAUCUGUGUAUAAUGGCAUACAGAGCAGAUUACCGCUAACCUUUCCACAGCAGCACACAGCAGCAGCUCCUGUGAAACACAGAUUUAUUACAGGUCUGUUUCAUGUUACUGUUUCACUGAGCUCUCUGGAGUCAUUACAUGUUUGCACUUGGAUCAGAACUUUAUCCAUCUUUCUCAGAGAGCAGAGAAGAUGCCACAGAGCAGGAUGAUGCUGGUGGUGACGGGAGAUGACUUUGGUUACUGUCCCAGGAGGAACCAGGGCAUCGUGGAUUGUUUCCAGGCCGGAGGACUGUCCAACGUUUCCCUGCUGGUCAACGCUGCCGCCGCCAAGGAUGCUGCUGAUCUCGCUAAAAGACACAACAUCCCCAUUGGUCUCCAUGCCAACCUGUCAGAGGGCGUCCCCGUGUGUGAGAGUCUGCAGACGGACUCCACACUCGUAAACCAGCGAGGGUUCUUCCAUGGAAAGAUGGGCUUCAGACAGGCUCUGCAGAGAGGACUGCUCAGCAUGAAACAGGUGGAGCUGGAGCUCAGAGCUCAGGUGAGGCUGUUCAUGGAGCUCACAGGUCACCUGCCUCAUCACAUGGACGGACACCAACACGUCCACGUCCUGCCAGGUGUGCGUGAGGUGUUUGCUCAGGUGCUCUCUGACCUCAGCAUCAGGUUCACUCGUGUUCCAGUUGAAGCGGGUUUACACAGCUGCACCUGGCUGCCCCCUCCCCUGCACAGGUUCUACAACCAGGUAGAGCAAGACGCUCUGGACUCCAUCCCCGUCUUCACACGCUACGGAAUCAGGUGGCCCCAUAUGUACCUGGGACUGACCACCAUGGGCCACAACAUGUCUGUGUCUAACCUGCAGAGGGCGCUCCAUCUGGCGCUGUCAGCAGGACGCUCAGGCUCUUCCUCCGGCGGGGGGUCGGACUCCGAUCAGCCCGUGGUCACAGCAGAGCUCAUGGUCCACCCGGGUUACCCCAGUCUCCAUCAGCAGGGGGGUUGUGGAGAGGGACCCGACGACUUCUCCAGGUCAGCUGACAGACAGCACGAACUGAGUGUGCUCAGAGACCCCGCCCUGCUGGAAGUGUACAGGCAGGAGAGGGUGCAGCUUUGUGCCUUUAAAGACCUCUGACACCAACACACACACCAAGUGAAGUUUACAACAAGUAAACACUCUAAACCUGUGUUAAUUAAUGAACAAUAGCUUUCAUCUGCCCCGGCAGCUCAGGUUAAAGGUCACUAACUGAGCAGACAGUAGCCUGUGGAGUGAAAGACAUGACUGUAACAAACAUAUUUGAUCCUUUUAUAGAAAUACUAAACCUGCCACGUUGGUUAAACUGGAUUAAAACUGAAUAUUUUUAUAAACUGAUAAUUUAAUCACAGACAGGAACAUGAUUUCAUACUACAUAAGAUGAAGGAACUUUUAGAGAGAGAUAGUAGAGAGCGUGACCUCAGGACUUUAGCUCUGUAUAGACGGAGAAGCACUACAUAGUACAUUUACACAUGCUGGGGAAUCAUGUUCUGCUGUGACAGUUUGAUAUCAAUGUGGAGAGGUUGGUUCUUUUUGAAAGCCAUAAAAAAAGUUCUGUCGUAUACAAUUUUAGAUACAGAUAAACAUUUUGCAGCACUGUGUGCUCGUUAUUGCACAUUUCAGGUAGACCUGAGUUUAAAAAUAGAGACCUAGACACCCAGUAUUGUGUCAUUUCCUGUUUGAAUGAGCAUAAAUUGCAGGCAAACUCCUGCCCACUGUUUUCUGUACGGUGCAAUAUGGACAGUGUGCUGGAGUUUGACUUAAACUUCUGAUUCAUUCCUCUCCUACACACCUCGUAUUAAACAGACGGUUUUAUGUUUUAAAGCUUCAGCGCUUUUUGAUACUAUCAAUUAUUAAAAUAACAGAGUUUGUAUCUUUUUAAAACAUGUGGUAUGAAAAGGUGUAGAACAUUUUGACAGCAUUACAGUAAUUAAAUUGUCAUCAAGACUGGCAACCCCCCCCCCCCACUCAAAACAGCCUGUCGGUCAAUUUCAAAUGUAGAUCAGUUAUAAUUACGAAGAAAAAAUGCUGCAUUCUGCCAUUUGGAUUUCAACUUUAGUUGCUAAAAAGUCACCAUGCACAAAGACCAAAUCCCUACACAACAACAAAUCAAAUUAACCCUUAAAGGUUCAUCAUUUUCAUUUGUGGAUUUUUUUUUUUUUUUUUUUUUUUGUUGCAAGAAUUGAAAAGAUUAGGGGUUUAGGGUUAGGAUCAUUAGCUCUUAUUGUUUCUGUAAAUCUUUUUAGGAAGCAUUACUAAAUUUAUUGGAAGAAAAUAGAGUUGUACCUAAUAAUCAGUAAACACUCUGUCCAUAGCACAGAUAGCACAUCGCACUGUGUUGAGCUCAUUAAAUUGAGCGUCACCUUUUCCAUUUGAGUUUAAAAAUGUAAAUGUUGGUAAAGGCUAUAUAUGUGUUUCUUUAGUUUAAUUAUAAGUCACUGUAAUAGUCUGAUAUAGUGUCAUAUAUUUCUUCCAGUUUGACCAUCCAGCUGUCAGGUUCAAAUGAACGUGGCUCUCUUUGGAAUCAAAGUUGCCCGUCUCUGACCCAGAGUGUCUGAUGUUGAUCAAUCUCAGUUUAUAAGGCAGCUCUCCUCUUUGAACCGGCUGUCUUUAUAAACAUGAGAGAUAGUUUUUACACGUCAAAGAGAAUCUCAUCUCGGAGGAGCUAACGUUGCUCAAAUAGUCUAAACUUUGCACCAGGGUUAUCCCGAUACCAGAAUUUUAAACUUCACUCUCUUUUCAUUUAAAAUAUGACUGAAGAUCUGGAUUUUUUAAGCUUCAGUACAUUUUGAUACUAUCGAUCAUUUAGGUGAUGGAGAUGGUAUCUUUUAAAAACACAAAAAGUACUUUGCACAGCUUUUAGAAGAUUUUGAAAAACAGUAUUUAAGGUAUUUUCACAUGUUUAAAAAGCUCUAUGACACCCAAUGUUACACAGAGCAUCCUCCACAGUCCAGUUUACCUUAAUGUACAGAGUGUGGGAGCGUGUGUAUCAUGUCUUUACCUACAAAUAAACACGUCGGACUCACACAGAACUGAGAAGGAGGAAUCAAACAUUUUAAAAGUCCUGUGGGUGUUUUAGGCUUAUUUUUGUAUGUAAAGGAGCUGCGCUUAAAUGAACUCCUCACAGAUUUCAUCUGAUUCACCUGAAGCUUGUUCAGUGAGCUGUCAGGUCGUUAAAUAUUUAUUUAAAGGUUUGUUUUUAUUUUUGUUGAACAGCACGGCCAUAGUGAAUUUCUCCUUCACCGUGAAACAGGAGGCGGUUUUAUCUCGAAAAAGAAAAUGUCCAAUCUACCUCAAACGUCCUGUUUGAUAAAGUUUUGGAUUGUUGACUCUACAUGUCAAUUGUAGCGCCACCUCCUGGUUUUAAGAAGUAAGCAUUGACAUAAUGCACAAUGUCCAGUGUGUGCUAUUGUUUCUUCUAGCACCACAUAGUGGACACAGACUGACAUUGCACUCCUUCCUGCAGUCCAGUGGUCCGCUCAGUGUCCUGUAAUGAUCCAGAGGUUAGACUGUACGGUGACGUUAACAUAUUCAACCCUGCACAUCUAUUUUUAUAAUAUUUGAACUGUGCUCUCCUUCAGUUUGAGCUCAUAACGUGUUUGAUGUGGAUAAACUGCUGCUACGUUUCAACCUGUGACAUCACAGAGUUCUCACACCUCAGAUGAAUCAUUGUGCGUCAAACGUUUACCUUUACCUAACUUAAUUUAGACUCAGGGUGUAAUCAAGUUACAUUUUCCUCUCAGUAAUCAUCAGAUCUUAAUGUCAGAGUGAAGUUUCUCACGGUCCACAAUCAAGGUUGUGUCCUUGUGUGUUGUCUGUCACUCAACAGAGGAGUUGAAAACAAUGGGAGCAGACAGGUGUAACAGGAAGUGUGUUGUAAUCACAGCUGAGGGAAGCCUUGACUCUGUGAUUUAAUGAUAGGUGGUUAUUGUCUCAGGUGUGUGGAGAACAUUGAUCAGCCUCCAUGCGUUUGUCAGAAGGUGAAUGUGUUUAACUUGCAGGAUGUUUGUUUGUAAUAUUUAUAACUGCUCUUAUAUUUCUAUAGAAGUAUCUGUUGACACUUUUUAUGCAUAGUUCUAUUAAAACUGAAACAAUGAUCAGAACAUUAAUAAAAGAUGUUGAAUAAC